GGCAUUUCGUCGCAUCGAUGUGGAGCAACAUUGGGUAACCACAACCGUGGGGAAUCCACUCAAUGCGACGGCCCAAUUCAUAAGAUACAACCAGAAUCCCAUUUCCCCUUUCUUCCUUUCCUUUUUCUUUACCUUAUUGAAGACAAUCAUUCCUCGGUUUUGAUUCUUCAAAGUCAUUCGUUUAUUCAAUCCGUCAGACUAAUCAAGCAAUUUUAAUAUACCCGCUAAUACUACAAUGUAUACCACCCUCCUUGCUGUCACCGCUCUUGCGGGGUUCACAUUUGCUCAGAGCACUACUUCUCUCUUCCUUGGAAUCGCUGGGUCGGAUGAUCAUGCUUUACUUGCCUAUCCCAUUGCUUCUGUAAGUCAAGUGUUUCUGGUAGUUGGUCUCAUGCUAAUUCUCACAAGGACAAAACAGCAACAACAUACCAGAUAGCCUGUCAUCCAUCAACAAAAAGACACGAUGAAGAAUGCGCCUAUCCCCAAGGUCUCAUUCUCACGCAAGGCCCCGCCACCAUGGGAUUCACAAUGACCGAGGAAAUCAUCCGACACGAAAAGACCCACACUCUUUUGUAUGCAUUACCUGCUUCCUAGCUUAGCUUCCUCUGACCAGAUUUUGAAAUACAGCUCGGCAGAAGUACACUGCUCACUCGAUUUCACAUCAGCAAUCUGCACCGCAUCCGUCGGCGGCGAAGCAGCCAACUCCCCAGGAAUCGCAACAGAAACAGUGACGGGUAACGAUUACGCUUUCCAAAAGGUCACCCUCACGAGCAAGAUGCCUGCUAUCAACACAGCUAUACCCACAGCGCCAGAUUAUAUCCGUAGCACCAAAGCGCCCACGGCAUCUUCGACCUUCGCCACAUCUGGAACGGCAAGGAGAACUGGAAGCUCGAGUGGAAGCGCAACCGCACAAAGUACCGGAACACCAUCUGGAAGCGCGAGUGCAAUUACAUCUCCGCAGAGCACAGCAACGCCAUCGCCGCCCUCAAGUUCGAGUCAAGCUGGGGGACAGGCAAUGAUCACACCCAGACCGGAGUGGAUGAUCGGAGGUGCGGCCGUGGCCUGGGCAUUAUUGUGA